AUGGCUGUCUACAUAACCGACCACUCCACUUCUUUGGCGCACAGCGUCCAAUUCCGCCAACUACCUCCUACCGCACAUAACACCGACGUCCAAAUCCUAGACAUCGGGUGUGGUCCCGGCUCAAUCAGUGUUGAUUUCGCCCGCCGUGCAAACCAUGGUCAUGUCAUAGGGAUCGAAAAUGUCCCUGAUCCGCUCGACCAGGCUCGACACCUGGCCGCGUCGCAAGGCGUGACUAACGUCGAUUUCCGGCUUGGUGAUAUCCACGCCCUCGAGUUCCCGGAUAAUACCUUCGAUAUUGUUCAUGUGCAUCAGGUGCUGCAACAUAUUAUCGAUCCUGUCAAAGCGUUAUGCGAGAUGAGGCGUAUUGUGAAACGUGGUGGAAUUGUCGCAGCAAGGGAAUCCGCGUCUAUGAUCUGGUAUCCAGAGAAUGUCGGGAUCGACAACUGGCUCGAAAUUACUCAACGGAUGGGAAAGGCGAAAGGCGGGAAUCCGCAUCCUGGACGGUAUAUCCAUGUCUGGGCGGAAGGGGCUGGAUUUGAUCUGGCGAAUAUCAGAAAGAGCACCGGGUCCUGGUGCUUCAGUACUCCGGAAGAGAGACAGUAUUGGGGUGGAUCGAUGGGGGAAAGGGUGCGGUCUUCGGGCUUGGCGAAGACAGCUGUCGAGGAAGGGUAUGCGACAAAGGAGGAAUUAGAGAGAAUUUCCAAGGGAUGGAGGGAAUUUGUCGAGGAUGAACAGGCUUGGUUUGGGCUGUUGCAUGGGGAAAUGUUAUGCUGGAAGUAA